AUGUACAAUAUAAAAGUAAAUUUUUUCAGUGAAAAAAUUGUUCUCGCCUAUCGUGAACCAGAACAUUUUGAUGUUCUGCCGGAAGGUUGGGUUGAAGUCACUCAUACAUCGGGUCUUCCGAUAUAUUUACACAAAGAUUCUCGUGUGUGUACAUUUUCUCGUCCAUAUUUUAUUGGACCUGGAAGUGUGCGUCAUCAUCAAGUACCUGUAUCAGCAAUACCCUGUUUACAUCAAAAACGACUUAUCAAAGAAAUAGAAAAAAAUGCUGCAGCAAGCGCGAAUGCUGUUGAAAGUUUGGAUGCGAAGGCACUCCAUGAGUACGCUUCGAAGAUAUUUCGCUUCAAAAAAAUACAGGUAUUUCAAUUAUUAAUAAUUGUUUCAAUUAUUUCGAUUAAAUUAAUUAUAUUUUAUUUUAAAUUUAUUUUAGCUCUUCCUUCACACGUGAAAUUAAUCACGGUACCAUCUAUGGAGACAAAUAUGAAGCCUCAGCAUAAAGGUUUCUUUUUGAAUCCGCAUGGCAAAACUUCUGUUGGUAUUCUUCAUGAAUAUGUUCAAAAGGUUUUAAAGAGCACAAUUGACUAUGUUUUCUCAGAAACAAGGCAUGUAUUUUCAUUCAGCCGUUUGAUUUUUUUAUUUUUUCUCAUCUCAAUUCAUUCUCGAAAAUUUUUUUAA